AUGUUAAGUAAUGUAUUCUCCCCGAAGUACCCGAUACUUUCAAAUUUGAUGUUUCUACCAGCCAACAAGGUCCCCAUUAGAUUACGCAUUCCUCUUCCCCCCACGUUGGAUGGUCAUGAUAUCCGAAUGUUCUGUAUCAAGUCAAUAUCUGUGCAUUUAGCCAAACUCCUUGCUUCUGAAAAAAGUUCCCAUUUUCCUCACUCGUUUAUCGUUGCAGACCGUACUGUGAACCCUCCCAAGGUACUCGCAAACUCGAGACUUCCAUCGUACUCCCAAAACCUUCACAAUUUCAUUUCCGAUCUCUUAGACUUGAUCGUAUGCCCACCUUGCAUCGCCAAGUCUCUUGGAAAGUUUCUGUUUGCGCUUUCGUGCGUUGAGUUCAUCUGCCAGAUCUGCCGGGUCUUCACCUUGGAUCUCAUCUUGCCAAACAAGCCCGGUUUUCUCACCGUGCUAGCAAUUGGAUUCUCAGUCGAGGACCUUGUGGGCUGA